AAGAAGCUAAGGGCCUUCAAAAUCAAAACAAAAGCUUAAUUCUCAUUUUAUAACCAUCCAUCCAUCUUUCUAUUAAUUUUUUUUCUUCUUUUUCAAUCUCUCUCUCUCUCAAUAAUGGAGAUGAAUGAAGAUUUGGGAUUUGGGGAAAAUCCAUUUAAUGGAAGCUUGAAGAGGCAUUGUUCUUCACAUUUGAUGAUGGAAACAAAUAGGAUGAUGAGAAGAUCAGAAGGUGAUACUAAUAAUGAUCAUGAAGAUCAUGAGUCAAAUGGUUCUUGUGGUAAUUUCCAUAGAGAAAUUGUGUUCCCAGCUACUAUGAUCACUACUAGCCAGACCCCUACCAACAACAACAACAAUAAUUCUAAUGUCUUCUCCUCCCCCAAUUCCGCCUCUUGUUAUAGCAACGACAACGUUUUGGACGUCGUUGAAGUUCUCGACGUUCACCGUCAUCAUCAUCUCACCGUAAUGGCUGAGAGGAAGCUACGAAGAAUGAUAUCAAAUCGGGAAUCCGCAAGAAGGUCAAGGAUGAGAAAGAAGAAACAAAUCGAAGAGUUGCACUAUCAGGUAGGACAGUUGGAGGUUUCGAAUCGACAGUUAUCGGAGAAGUUGAUACAAGUGGUGGAAUGCAACCAACAAAUCUUGCAUGAGAAUGCAGAGCUAAAACGAAAAGUAUCAUCACUUCAGAUUAUUCUAACUGAUUUCUUGACGCCAUUGAGAAAUUGUGAAGAUGCUUUUGGGAACUCCAUUAUUAAAAAUAAUCGAAGAGCAGCAGCUGAACCAAAUUCCUCCUAGCUCUCUCAUCUCUCUCUCUAUACAACUUUAAUAUACCCAUGAAGAAGAAGAAGAAGAAGAAGAAGAAGAGAAGAUGAACAAAUAUCAUAACAUAUAUAUAUAUAUCUGUAUUUUUCAUCAUGAUCACUAGCUUAGCUACUUUUCUAAAUCUAAAUUAUCCCAUCUGAUGGAUAUAUAUAUAUAUAUAAUUAAUUAAUUAACUUUUCUUUCAUCAUUGUUAUUU